CCUACUCCAGAAGAGGCAGCCACCUUCACUGAGUAUGGCACUUACACCGGCUACCGACCAUAUCAAAUAUACAAGUCUUAUGAUCAUUACAGCUCAUCCGCGGAAAAUACUGCCACCACGCAGCAGUCCCAAAAGCGCAGCAAUGCGGACAAUCCCGAGACUGAAGCAACGUUCGGCUACUACGGUAGCUACAGGCCGUACGCCUCAUACGGAUCGUAUCGAGAUGCAGCGGAAGAAGCUGCUCAGAGCAAGAAGCGCGAUGAUAUGGCUACUGCCAAAACAGAAGCGACAUUUGGCGUCUACGGGUCUUAUCGCCCAUACACAUGGUAUGGAAGCUACUCGAAGGCUACGGAGGGUGCAGCGCAGAAUGAAAAGCGCGGUAACAUAGCCACUCCCGAAACUGGAAUGUCAGAAGCGGAAGAGGGCGUCCAAAAUCAGAAGCGCAACGAUGCCGACAACGCCAAGACUGAAACAACAUUCGGCUACUACGGCAGUUACAGGCCGUAUACCUCAUACGGAUCGUAUCGAUCUGCAGCGGAAGAAGCUGCACAAAACAAGAAGCGCGACGAUAGCGCCACUCCUAAGACCGAAACUACAUUUAGCUACUACGGUUCCUAUCGUCCAUAUCAAUCGUAU